AUGGGGAAUAUCUUGUGCAUCUAUUUGUUUUUGCAUUACUGUUUUAUGGCUACCUUAGCUGUGACAGCCAAAAAUUUAACAACCGAUCAAUCUGCACUUCUUCAAUUCAAAUCACAUAUCACUUCCGAUCCCUACAGUGUACUGGCAUAUAACUGGUCCAUUUCUAAUCCAAUCUGUAACUGGAUUGGUAUUUCCUGUGGUGCUCGCCAUGAAAGAGUCACAGCCUUGAACCUUUCAUUCAUGGAUCUCGGUGGCACCAUCUCUCCACACUUGGGCAACCUCUCAUUCCUGGUGAAACUUGAUCUUAGUUACAACAAUUUCCAUGGCCAUCUGCCGAAUGAACUGGGACAAUUACGCCGACUGAGAGUCUUUUCUAUCAGUAACAACACAAUAAGUGGAGGUAUUCCGGGAUUUAUCGGUCUCUUAUCCAAACUCCAAAUCCUGAAACUUGAAUUUAAUGGUUUCUCAGGUACCAUCCCAGAUGUUCUCUUCAAUGUAACUACGCUAGAGGCCCUGUGGUCACACAACAAUAAUAUCCAAGGAAGCAUUUCACCAGAGAUUGCGAAGCUCACCAGGUUGAAAAUUUUCUAUAUGGCAAGUAACUUACUCUCGGGCUCCAUACCUUGGAGCAGCAUCUACAACUGUUCCUUGCUACAAGUGUUUCGUUUAGGCAACAAUUCUUUGUCUGGCAGUCUGCCGGAUGGUCUCUGUAAUCGUCUUCCAAAACUUGAAUGGCUAACUCUAACUGCAAAUGGACUUUCUGGCCAGCUUCCAAGAAGUUUAGGCAACUGCAGCGAGGCUGUUGCUUAUUCAUUGUCGCACAAUAAAUUUACAGGACUCAUACCACAAAAUAUUGGAAAUUUGAGUAAGAUUACGUGGUUGGGUCUUGGUCAUAACAACUUAGAAGUUUCCGGUUACUUAGAUGUUUGCCUUUUAGCAGGUGAAAUUCCAGAGGAGAUAGGCAAUUUGCAAAAUCUUCAACAACUAUCUCUAGGUUUCAAUAGCUUAAGUGGUGUAAUUCCAGCUUCAACCUUCAAUAUUUCAACCAUAAUUACGAUUAGUCUAGGUAGGAAUAACCUUUCAGGCUAUCUACCAUCAACCAUUGGCCAUAGGCUUCCCAACUUGGAGUUUCUUGCCGUAUGGUCAAAUGAACUUACUGGAACAAUCCCCACCUCCAUCACCAAUGCUUCCAAGCUCGUUAAGCUAGAUCUGUCCUCCAACUCAUUUUCUGGGCUCGUUCCAAAUACAUUUGGCAACUUGAAAUUCCUCGAAUGGCUUAGUCUUAGGUCCAAUAACUUCACCACUGAAUCACCUACUGCAGAAUGGAGCUUUCUGUCUUCUUUGACAAAUUGCAGGAAACUAAAGACCGUAAUCUUUGAUAAUAAUACACUGUAUGGCGUCAUACCACAUUCAAUCGGCAAUUUAUCUGCAACUCUUGAGAAUUUUUCUGCAAGCAAUUGCAAGAUCAAGGGCAGCAUUCCUACUGAGGUGGGUGACCUGCAUAGCUUGAUAAUUUUAGAUCUUUCGCAAAAUGACUUGAACGGAUUUAUUCCAACAACGAUGGGAAAUUUGCGGAAUCUCCAAGGUCUGUGGCUAAAUAAAAAUAAUUUUUCGGAAUUCAUUCCAUACGAGCUUUGCAAAUUAAGCAUGAUAGAUCAACUGCUGUUAAAUGAUAAUAUGCUCUCUGGACCAAUACCAACAUGCAUGGCGAAUUUGACUUAUCUGAGAGAUCUACAGUUAGGCUCCAACAAAUUUAACUCUAGUAUACCCUCAUCCUUAUGGACUCUUCAGUAUAUCUUGCAGGUAAACUUGUCAUCAAAUUCAUUGAGUGGUUUUUUAUCUUCAGAAAUACAGAGUUUGAAGGUCUUGAGGAAACUAGAUUUGUCAAAAAAUCUCUUGUCAGGAAACAUUCCCACCACCCUUGGGGGCCUUCAAUCUCUUGAAACUCUAUCUUUGGAAGACAAUAGAUUUGAAGGAGCCAUACCCAACACAUUUGGGGCACUGAUAAGCUUGGUAUCCUUGGAUCUCUCUGAUAAUAGUCUUUCAGGUGAAAUUCCCAAAUCAUUGGAGGCUCUCACCUAUCUCAAAAACUUUAAUGUCUCUAUAAAUAAUUUACAGGGGGAAAUUCCCAGCAAAGGUCCUUUCAAAAAUUUUUUUGCUCAAUCCUUCUUGUUAAAUCACGCAUUGUGCGGUUUGCCAAGGCAAGGGGUUCCUUUUUGCAAUGUUGAUGCCAUCAAAAGAUCAAAAACACUGGGAAUGAAAUACAUUUUGCCUUCAGUUCUCCUAAUUUUAGUGGCAGUGAUUGUAACAUUUUUCUUCAUCAAGUGUUAUUAUAGAAGAAAACAUUCUCCAGUUGACCAAGUUGAUGCAUUACCUUUAGCAACAUGGAGAAGAACAUCAUAUCUAGCAAUCCAACAAGCCACUGAUGAUUUUAGUGAGUGCAACUUGCUUGGUAUUGGUAGCUUUGGUUCAGUAUUCAAAGGGACACUUUCAGAUGGAACUAUAGUUGCAAUAAAGGUUUUUAAUUUGCAAGUAGAGAGAGUACUUAGAAGCUUUGAAUCUGAAUGUGAAGUACUACAGAACAUUCGUCAUCGAAAUCUCAUAAAAGUCUUGAGCAGUUGCUGUAACAUUGAUUUUAAGGCCUUGAUACUCGAAUUCAUGCCCAAUGGUAGUCUUGAGAAGUGGUUGUAUUCACACAACUAUUUUCUAGAUAUGCUUCAAAGGUUGAACAUAAUGAUAGAUGUUGCCUUGGCUCUUGAAUAUCUCCACCAUGAUUAUUCAAGACCAGUCAUCCAUUGUGAUUUGAAGCCUCAAAAUAUCUUGUUGGAUGAAGAUAUGGUUACCCAUGUGAGUGAUUUUGGCAUUUCCAAGCUCUUAGAUGAAGGAGAUUCUAAAACACGAACCCUUACACUAGCGACUAUGGGGUACAUGGCACCAGAGUAUGGAUCAAUGGGGAUUGUGUCCACAAGAGGAGAUGUCUACAGUUUUGGGAUUUUGUUGAUGGAAACUUUCACGAGAAAGAAGCCUACAGAUGAGAUGUUUGCUAAAGAAAUGAGCUUAAAGAGUUUGGUGGAGGCAUCAUUGCCUGAUGCAGUAACAGAAGUUGUGGAUGCUAAUCUGUUAAGAGAUGACAAUGGUUUUGGUGCCAAAGUGAAUUGCAUGUUAAGCAUCAUGAAUUUGGCUUUGAAUUGUUCCAUGGAAUCACCUGAACAGAGGAUUAAUAUGAAAGAUGCCUUGGCAAAACUCAGGAAAAUCAAAUUGCAGUUUCAACAAGAUGUAGGAGGUCCCUAAAUAAAUGGUGUUGUGAUGUAUGUUAUUUAUGUUCUUAGUUUCUUGUUUAUAAUCUUUCUAGUUGAUGGUUAUCCAUCUAGUUAAACUUUGAAUAAUGGAUUUUAAGCUCCCUUCAAUUU